UCGUGAGUCAGAAGCAACUUCAGCGGAGCACUGUCUACUCUUUCCCUCAAUUCUUAUUCUGGUUCAGGCCCCAAGAUUAGAAAAUGUCGUUGAUCCCAAGUUUCUUUGGUGGCCGAAGGAGCAGCGUUUUCGAUCCAUUCUCACUGGACGUCUGGGAUCCCCUCAAGGACUCUCUCUCAACAUUUUCUCGGGAAAAUUCUGCAUUUGUGGGAACUCGAAUCGACUGGAAGGAGACGCCGGAAGCCCAUGUCUUCAAGGCGGAUCUUCCAGGGCUGAAGAAGGAGGAGGUGAAGGUGGAGAUUGAAGAUGAUAGGGUGCUUCAGAUAAGCGGAGAGAGGAAGGUGGAGAAAGAAGACAAGAACGAGAAAUGGCACCGCGUGGAGCGUAGCAGUGGGAAAUUCAUGAGGAGAUUCAGGUUGCCGGAGAAUGCGAAGAUGGAUCAGGUGAAGGCUUCUAUGGAAAAUGGGGUUCUUACUGUGACUGUUCCCAAGGAAGAGGUUAAGAAACCUGAGGUUAAGGCCAUCGACAUCUCUGGUUGAGAAGAAUGAAAAAUUAGUGGCAAUCCUCUGCUCUGUUUCUGGAUUUAUAUAUUCACUGAGUGCAUGUGAAGAAUACUGGUGUCUAGGUUCGUCAAGUGUUAAUGUUAUUGUAAAUUUAACUUGUGUUUUGAUUUUGAUGGGUGUGGUCUUGGAAUAAAAUGUACGAGUAAUUUCGUUUUCCUUUUGCAACUGUCUUUCUUUCCCUUGUAAAAUUUUUUCCCCCCCGAAAUCCCUCAGCAAUCGGGAGAGACAGGUGAUGAAAUGAACAAAGAACCAGGAAAGCGUGUUUGGUUUACUAGGCAAAAGUGCAU